AUGUAUGUUAACGACGAGAUGUCGGGAGGUCUGAGUGUAUUGUCUCUGAAGCAGGAGGACGUGGCAAAGUUCCUGUCAUGUCAUACCCACAUCGGCUCCAAUAACAUGGACUACCAGAUGGAACAGUAUGUCUUCAAACGCCGCUCCGAUGGUGUUUAUAUCAUAAAUCUGCGCAAAACGUGGGAAAAGCUGUUGUUGGCCGCCAGAGCCAUCGUCGCCGUCGAGAACCCGGCGGACGUCUGUGUCAUCUCUAACCGACAGUACGGACAGAGAGCUGUCCUGAAGUUUGCGUCGGCGACCGGCACCACACCCAUCGCCGGCCGAUACACGCCCGGGACGUUCACCAAUCAGAUUCAGGCGGCUUUCCGCGAGCCCAGGCUUCUGGUGAUAACGGACCCGCGCGUCGACCACCAGCCCAUCACAGAGGCCUCGUAUGUGAAUAUUCCGGUCAUCGCCUUCUGUAACACGGAUUCGCCGCUCCGUUACGUGGAUAUUGCCAUUCCCUGCAAUAAUAAGGCGCCCCACUCUAUUGGACUCAUGUGGUGGCUGUUGGCCCGGGAGGUGCUU